GGUCCGACCAGUGCCCGCGGUGGGGGAGGGCGAUGGAUCAGGCCACGCGCCAGGGGCGAGCGCGACUCUUCUUCUGCUGCUCCCUUCCCAGCCUGGAAGGCGCCCUCUCUCUCUACGCCACCCUUUUCACGGCACUGAAAAGCUCCGUCCUCUCCUUCCAGUCCCGCCUCCUCCGAGUGCUCCCCCACUGCCUGGGAUGGUGCGGUCCCAGGUCGCGGGUCACGCGGCGGAGGGGGGCGUGGCCUGCCCCCGGCCCAGGCGGCUCUUCGCUUUGCUUCUGCUGGCGUCCGAGGAGUGGCGUUGGUCCCCGGAGCGAUGCUGGGCCGGAGUCGCCUCGCCUUAGUCCUCCUGGCUGCCGCCGUCAGCUGUGCUGUCGCGCAGCACGCGCCGCCGUGGACAGAAGACUGCAGAAAAUCAACCUAUCCUCCUUCAGGACCAACGUACAGAGGUCCAGCUCCAUGGUACACCAUAAAUCUUGAUUUACCACCCUACAAAAGAUGGCAUGAAUUGAUGGUUGACAAGGCACCAAUGCUAAAAGUUAUAGUGAAUUCUCUGAAGAAUAUGAUAAAUACAUUCGUCCCAAGUGGAAAAGUUAUGCAGAUAGUGGAUGAAAAAUUGCCUGGCCUACUUGGCAACUUUCCUGGCCCUUUUGAAGAGGAAAUGAAGGGUAUCGCCGCUGUUACUGAUAUACCUUUAGGAGAGAUUAUUUCGUACAAUAUUUUUUACGAGUUUUUUACCCUUUGUACUUCGAUAGUAGCAGAAGACAAAAAAGGUAAUUGUGCACUCAGGGAGGGUGGGCAGUAUGAAGCACUACAUAAAGAAGAAUCUUAUUGGACUUCCAAAGAAACACAAAACGGUCUUCAAGGCUUCAAGCUUUGCUGGCAUGUGCAGCAUGUUAACAGGAUCAAACCAGGACUGUUCAGUCUUACACUGAAUGAACGUUUCAGUGUAAAUGGUGGUUAUCUGGGUAUUCUAGAAUGGAUUUUGGGAAAGAAAGAUGCCAUGUGGAUAGGGUUUCUCACUAGAACAGUUCUGGAAAAUAGCACAAGUUAUGAGGAAGCCAAGAAUAUAUUGACCAAGACCAAGAUACUGGCCCCAGCCUACUUUAUCCUGGGAGGCAACCAGUCUGGGGAGGGUUGUGUGAUUACACGAGACAGAAAGGAAUCAUUGGAUGUAUAUGAACUCGAUGCUAAGCAGGGUAGAUGGUAUGUGGUACAAACAAAUUAUGACCGUUGGAAAAAUCCCUUCUUCCUUGAUGAUCGCAGAACGCCUGCAAAGAUGUGUCUGAACCGCACCACCCAAGAGAAUAUCUCAUUUGAAAACAUGUAUGAUGUCCUGUCAACAAAACCUGUCCUCAACAAGCUGACCGUGUUCACAACCUUGAUAGAUGUUACCAAAGAUCAAUUUGAAACUUACAUCCGGGACUGCCCUGACCCUUGUAUAGGUUGGUGAGCACACGUCUGGUCUACAGAACGCGGCCUCUGAAACAUGAAGACACCACCUCCAUGUGACUGAAUGCUGCAGCUCUCUGAUCCUCCAAAGACUAAGACUCCGGGGCAGGUUCUCUUUGAGUCACAAGCUUGUCUUCCUGCAGCUGUUGACAAUUGACAGACUUUUUAUUUUUUUUGCCCUAUCAGUUGAUUUUUUUAUCUUAUUUACAGUAAGAUUUUUAUCUUAUUUACAGAUAACGUCUUUAGGGCAAGUAAAACAAUCAUCUAGAAUUCAUUGAGUUGUGUUUCACUUUGACAUUUGGGGAUCUGGUGGGCAUUCGAACCAUGGUGAGCUCCACCUCCGUGGAAUAAAUGGAGAUUCAGCGUGGGUACUGAAUCCAGCACAUCUGUGUGAGUAACGGAACAGUAAACACUCCACAUUCUUCAGUUUUUCACUUUCACCUAGGGCUUAUUUGUAUGUUUUUCUGUAUAACAGCCUUUUCCUUCCGGUUCUAACUGCUGUUAAAAUUAAUAUGCCAUUACCUUUGCUGUUAGUGACAGCAGUAUGAUUUUAUUACAUAUGAUUAGCGGGAUGAGACAGACGUUCACCUGUAUGUUACUUUUAAUGGGCAAAAAAUGGGCCUUAGACUCUAAAUAGCACUUUCAGGGGUUCAAGAAGUAAUCAGUAUGCAAGGCAGUCUUUUAUACAAUAAUUGAAGUGUUCCCUUUUUCAUAAUUCCUCUACCUCCCAGUAACCCUAAGGAAGUUGCUAACUUAAAAAACCGCAUCCCAGUUUCUGUGAAUUUAGUAAAUAAACAAAGACAUGUGGAAAAUAGGAAGUGAACCCAUUAUUUUAAAUUCUCGUAAGUAGCAUUCAUGUAAUAAACAGGUUUUUAGUUUGUUCUUCAUAUUGACAUGUCAUUUAAAAGAAAUGUUAGUAGUUACUAAAAUGAUGUUACUCUGUUUUUCAGAAAUCAAACUACUUAUGAAAAGUACUAACAGAACUUGUUAACCUUUCUAAUCUUCACGAUUAACUGUGAAAUAUGUGCCGUUUGUGCAAGACCAUGUGUCCACUUCAUUUUGUAUAAUCACAGUUGUGUUCCCGACACUCAAUAAACAGUCAUUGGAAAGAGUGCCAGUCAGCAGUCAUGCA